GUACAGCAAAGCGGUUAAAAGUGCUGAAGAGUAAAAAUAUAUGAUAUUUGUUUGAGACAUUUUACCUAGAAUUAUAAAAUAUUAAGACACGUCUUCAAUAAAUCAUGUUUCCUAUAUUUAUCCAAAGAACGAGCAAUACUAUAAGUGCGAUUUUAAACCACAAAUGUAAGAUAACGUUUUUAAGGUUAUAUAAAAGAUCAUACUUCAGAAAGUCGAUAAAUCGUGUAUGGGAUAGAAAUACUUUAGAUACAUUUCAGAGGUAUCCAGAAAAAUAUAAAUAUUUUAUGUGGUAUCAGAAAUAUAGUACUGAACUUCGUGAAAUUGAAAAAAAUGAUACGAUAGCUACGAAAGAAUAUAUAUCUGACAAUAAAAUUAUCCAUCAACUGUUAGUAAAAUCUGUACAUUAUGAAAAUACUGUUAUGCAACCGAGUAAAGCACAUAUACACGUUAAAUAUGAAGAAAUAUGUGAAUUAUAUAUUACAGAUUGGUCUCAAGCAUCUACAUCAUACAUUUAUGAUGCUAUUAAAAAAAUAUCAUAUUGUCACUUAAGUGGUACAAGAUUUGAAACAGCACUAUAUGAUGACAUUUUAAAAGCUUGUAAUGAUAAAUUACCUAAACUAACUGAUGAUGAAUUAAAGUCAUUGAUGCGACACAUGUGUACAAUGUAUUUUGACAUUAAUAAAUCAUAUUAUUGGAAACAAUUUCUUGGGACAUUAAAUCAGCAAUGUUUAAAACGAUUCUUUCCAUCAAAAAUCGAAGAAAUGUUAUUAAUAUGUGAUGGAUUCUAUCAACUUGCAGAUUCCACAUCAUAUUAUCAAUGGCGUGCAUUGAGAAAACUAGGAUCAAAGAUUAAUAACCUAUCUGCAAAACAUUUAGUUCAAUUCCUUUUCCUUAUGAAUUGUUCACAAUCAUCAAAUUUUUCCGUUAACAUGUUUGCAGUUGAAUGUCGUGCAAAAGAAUGCAUAUCUGAUCUCAGCGCAAACGAGAUAGGUAUAUUGGCAAGAGGUUUUUUUAUGAAAAAGAGGAAAAUUAUAAAUCAUGAUUUAAUGAAAGAAAUGAUAGUAAGAGUUACGAAAAAUGUUAAAUUCAUGGAAAGUAAUACUUUAGCAGCGCUUAUGAAACUAAUAAGAUAUACUGGCUGUAGAUAUUGCAUGGCAGAAUUCCAAGAGUUACUGAACUCUUUAAAUAGUGAAAUACCAAGGUUACCAUUAAAAUGUCUAACACAUAUAGCACAUGCAUUUGGUGGAAUACGGGUAUACAAUGAACCCUUAACAACACAAAUUGUUGAGAGAGCAAAAAAAGAAAUAAAAGAUGCAAGAGUAAAAGAUAUUGAAAGGAUUUUAUUUGCUAUCUAUUCAGUUGCUCCUUACAAUGACUACUAUCAGGAAGCGUGUCAUAUGUUAAUGAACGAAAUUUUCGAAACCUAUCAAACAGUUAGACUAACUGAAAUUCAAGCGCAUCCUAUAUCAUUAGUACGUGUUUUAACAUACGCAAUAAGUAGAAAUAUUCAUAUUCCACAAUUAAUCCAAUAUGUAUUGAACCCUAAAUAUGUACAUAACUUGCAUCAAGGCAAUAUGAUACUGGUGACAAGUGAUAUGCUUACACUGGAGUGUUCAGUUAAAAUAGAGGUUCCUGAUUAUAAAGGUCCAUUUUUGACAAAAGCAAUGUAUGAUUAUUUAAUAAAGGAAUACUUAUGCAAGAAUAAUAUUCGUAGAAAGUGGAGCAAUGUAACAUUUCAAACUGAUAUUACAUACAUAUGCAAGCAAUUCGUGGGUAUAGAUGUGUAUAUUGAUUAUAUUUUGCCUCAUUACCCAGUAAAAGAUGUAAUUUUUGGUUUUGAUGAACAUAAUAAUCCUGUCGCAAUAGAACCUAUUUUAUCAUCAAUGCCUACUGGUUCGAUUAAAUAUGUAAAUACUGCGAACCUAAAGAAUAUAAAGUGGAAUGUUCUACAUCCACUAUCUGUUGAUCAAAAAUUGCAUGGUCGUGAUGAUUAUGUUGGUUCUGUAAAAAGAAAACUGAAACAGCUACAAGCUAUUGGAUAUACACCAAUUGUGAUUGACGAAGUAGAGUGGAAUUCUCUUACUGAGGACAAAGAGAAAGAAGAUUAUUUGAGAAACCGAAUUUAUGAAAACCUAUCAUAAAAAAUAUCAUAUUGUCAUAAAAAAAUAAAAACAAAUUUAAAAAAAUUUCUUUUUGGA